CAGCAGCGUACUCGUAAUACGAAGAAACUUGUAGUAAGCUACUGGUCACCAUUUAUAGCUCCUCCCUUCACCUGCCCAAUCCCGCUCCUUCCUCAACGUUUCAGCUCUCAAAGCAGAGCAGAAUGAUUAGUGCAAGAUCACGCCAAUGGUUAAGUCUUGUGGCCAUUGUGCUUACAAUCAUAUCACUGAAAGCCGAUGGCGCUAGCGUAGGCAUCACGUUUCUGCAGGAUGCAGUAGCAAAAGGAGCUGUGUGUUUGGAUGGGAGCCCUCCGGCUUACCAUUUUGACAAGGGCUCUGGCACCGGGGUUAAUAAUUGGAUCGUUCACAUCGAGGGUGGAGGAUGGUGUGAAGAUGUGGCAACUUGCCUUUCUCGAAAGAAAACCGACUUAGGGUCAUCGAAGCUAAUGGUGAAGCAAUUCGGUUUCUCUGGGCUUUUGAGCAGCCAGCAAAAAUCCAAUCCAGAUUUCUACAAUUGGAAUCGAAUUAAGGUUAGGUACUGCGAUGGAUCAUCAUUCACGGGCGAUGCGGUCGAUCCAGCUAAUAAUCUCUUCUUCAGAGGACGUAGAAUUUUCGACGCUAUCAUUGCUGAUCUAUCAGCCAAAGGAAUGAAAAACGCUAAAAAUGCUAUUCUUUCGGGCUGUUCUGCUGGUGGAUUGGCAGCGAUAUUGAACUGCGACAGAUUCCGAGCUCUCCUUCCUGCUACAACUAAAGUGAAAUGCAUUUCAGAUGCUGGCUUUUUCAUCCAUGCGAAGGACGUUUCAGGAGGGCAGCACAUAGAAACUUUCUAUAGCAAAGUGGCUAAAUUACAUGGCUCCGUUAAGAAUUUGCCAGCGUCUUGCACUUCGAGAAUGGGAAUGAGACCGGAGUUGUGUUUCUUCCCGCAGUACGUGGUGCAGACCAUGCAAACGCCAAUUUUCUUCAUAAAUUCGGCUUAUGACUCCUGGCAGAUUAAGAACAUUCUGGCUCCCACUGCUGCUGAUAAAGGUAAGGCGUGGAAAAACUGCAAGCUUGAUUUGAAGAAGUGUACUCCUGCGCAGCUCAAUGUCAUCCAAGAUUUCAGGACGUCGUUCUUACUUGCAAUCAAUAGAGCCGGUGUCCUCAAUUCUCCGUCUAAAGGAAUGUUCAUAGAUUCCUGCUACGCUCACUGUCAAAUAGGGAAGCAGAUAACAUGGUCUAGCGACAGUUCUCCCGUCGUCGGUAGCACGAAAAUCGCCAAGGCGGUUGGAGACUGGUAUUACGAGCGGAGCCCCGUCAGGAAGCUCGAUUGCCCAUACCCUUGCAACCCUACGUGCCCAAAAGUCGAUACUGAAUCGGCGCUCGAUGGAUAAUAUUUUAUUAGCUAGCGUGAGUCAUUUCUAAUUUGAUUCAUGGAUAAUCUAUCCCUUGCUCAUUUUUCUUUUGACGUCUAAUUUAAGCGUCUUAUAUUAAUAAGACUAAAUAAAGUGUAUGAACUUGGAAACAAUUAAAGUUGCUUGAGCUCCAUGUAUCAUUAUUUCU